AUGGGUGGUCAAUCUAGAGAAGGCGGCAAAGCCAAACCCCUCAAGGCUGCUAAGAAGGAAAGGAAAGAACUGGAUGACGAUGAUCUCGCCUUCAGAGAGAGGCAGAAAGCAGAGGCCAAAGCCAGAAAGGAAAUGGCUGAUAAAGCGAAGGGCAAGGGCCCGAUGAAUACCGGCCAACAAGGAAUCAAGAAGUCCGGUAAAAAGUGA